GCAGCAAAUAUAAAUUAUAAUUUAAUUUACCCAAAAUUUUGUAUUUCAAUUUUAAUCAAAAAUGAACAUGUUUUGCCCUAUUUUAUGGGAUUAAUUGAAGAUUGGCGUUAUCCAAAGGACAGAAUUCAUUUAAAUUUUUUUGUUGAAAAUGAGGAUAGUGGGAUUAUAAGAUGGAUUCAAGACUUCCCCAAAGGAUUGUACCUCUCAAUCAGCUUAACAGAAAACGAAAAUCAAAAUUGGAGAGAACUUUCUUUAAACUUUGGACGUCGCAGAUCUUGCAAUUUUUUAUUAAUUUUGGACACCAAUAAUUUUUUGUUGCGGGAUUCUCUUCGUCAAUUAAUUUCUUUUGCUGAAUUACCCGUCGUAUUAUCGCCUUUUUUGGAUUCUCCGAUGGAAGGAAGUGUUAAUAAUGCACAAGAAUUGGAGUUGGAUUUUGAGUUUGUUUGGAGGGAGAAGCUGGAUUUUGUUAGGGUUUAUUAUUCCAAUGGCCCACUUUUGAUAAAUCUAAAACAUCCAGACUCUUCUUAUUUAACAUUUGAAGAGAACAAUUUAAUUGGAUAUGAAGGUUCUAACGAUCCAAUAGAUGUUUUUGCUGCUUCCGCCUACAAAAUGAAUAUUCCAAUUUUAUUUUCUAAUCACUUCUAUUAUGGAUAUUUUUUGUAUCCUUCAAGGUUGAAUAGUGAACAUGCAUCUCUAUUUGGCUUCGAUCAAAUUUACCUCAUAAAUCUCGCUCGACGACCCGAACGCUUAAACAAAAUGUCACAAAUUUUGCGCCUUGUAGGAAUGAAAUUUGAACGUUUUGAAGCUGUAGAUGGCCAAAAUUUGACAAAACGCCAACUCGAUUCACUCAACUUUUUGCCUGGUUAUUUGGACCCGUGGCAUAAACGGCCAAUGAAGUUGGGAGAAAUUGGAUGUUUUUUGAGUCAUUAUAAGGUUUGGAAAGAUGUUGUGGCAAAUGGAUAUGAUAGAGCGAUUGUUUUGGAGGAUGAUAUGAAAUUUACGCAAAAUGGAACUUUAAUGUUUAUUUUUUAA